GUUUUCUUAUUUUCUUAGGUAAGUGUUCAUAUUACUAAAUGCGGCCAUCUUUUGAUGCGACGAUCGUUCUCAUUUUUUCAAUCUGAUCGACGUACGCGCCAUCAUUUGAUGAUUGAUGGUGAAAUUAACCCGAGGGAAUGGUUUAAUUGGCAUAUGAAGGAAUACCAGCCUUGGUAUUUUGAUCGGCAUAAGUUUCUCUAUGAGCAGCAGCAGUAUGCUGCAUUCUCUCAUCUUCUUUGCCAUCAGGCUUAUUUCAAGGAUAUGGAGCAUCUGAUCCAGUACCCGCAGCCCGGAACGUAUAUUAUUGAUUGUAGGACAUCACCGGCAAAAAUGCACCGUUGGAUUCCCCAUAGCUAUUGGUUACCAAGAGAUGAGGUGGAAUAUGCGCUACAACUAACUGAUGAUGAAUUCGAGGAUAUGUAUGGUUUCAAGAAGCCUGGGAGGGAAAAUGAUGUAAUUUUGGUUUCUCAUGAUGGCCUUUUCUCCGAGCAGGCAGGAUGGGAAUGGAAGAAGCAGUUUUUUCAACACGUGUAUAAUUAUCGUGGUGGUACGAAUGAACUAUUUGGCGAGGCGUACCAUGAUUUUGUACCCAAGGAUCGCUUGGAUCCCUGGAAAGGUCCAUACCCUCAGAGUGCUAUCUUCGUAGAUAAAUGGAGCAAGCGAAAAGUCUUACAGCGCACUGGCCCAUUUGAUCGACAGUAUGAGAUGCAAGACUUUGCCCUCCCAGACUUGGAGUUAGAGAAGCCACGCCAUUCUGAAGAGGGACCUCGGCAGCAUAUGCCGUAUGGGCUGCAGUAGCUAUGGGGAAAUAGAGAGUGCUCAUAUUUCAGAACUUUUUUUACUUCUGAAUGUGUUGCUUUACGAGGAAUAUUCUUACAAAAAACAAUCCUAUGCAACAAACAGUGGUGCAACAAAAAACGCUGAAUUUGAAUAUUUUCUAGAUUGAUUGAGUAGUAA